AAUGCGCGGCCGAAGGACGCGUCGGGCUGAGUUUCGCGCCGAGCCGUAGGAGGUUAUCGGGCACCCGGCGUCUCUGGACGAGGAAGAUGCUGCCGAUCAGGAAGACCGCGAAACAGGGCAAAAGGGGUAUUCUAGAGCGCUUGGAUGCUGGAGAAAUUGUGAUUGGAGAUGGAGGAUUUGUCUUUGCUCUUGAAAAGAGGGGAUAUGUAAAAGCUGGGCCUUGGACUCCUGAAGCAACUGUAGAACACCCAGAAGCAGUUCGUCAGCUUCACCGGGAAUUCCUCAGAGCUGGAUCUAAUGUUCUGCAGACAUUCACCUUUUACGCCAGUGAGGACAAACUAGAGAACAGGGGCAAUUAUGUAGCUGAAAAAAUAAGUUGCCAGAAAGUGAAUGAAGCUGCUUGUGACAUUGCAAGAGAAGUGGCUAAUGAAGGGGAUGCUUUGGUGGCUGGAGGAGUCAGUCAAACACCAUCAUACUUAAGUUGCAAGGAUAAAACAGAGGUUAAAGCAGCCUUUCAAAAACAACUAGAGGUCUUUAUGAAAAAGAAUGUGGACUUCCUAAUUGCAGAGUAUUUUGAACAUGUUGAAGAGGCCGUGUGGGCAGUUGAAGUUCUAAAAGAAUCUGGAAAGCCAGUUGCAGCUACAAUGUGCAUUGGUCCAGAAGGAGACAUGCAUGGAGUGUCCCCUGGACAAUGUGCUGUCCAGCUGGUAAAGGCUGGUGCUUCUAUUGUUGGAGUCAACUGCCAUUUUGAUCCAGAAACUUCCCUGGAAACUGUGAAACUGAUGAAAGAGGGCUUGCAGGCUGCUAAACUGAAAGCCCACCUGAUGUCCCAACCACUUGCUUUCCAUACACCUGAUUGUGGAAAGCAGGGUUUUAUUGAUCUUCCAGAAUUUCCCUUUGGUCUGGAGCCAAGAAUUGUAACCAGAUGGGACAUUCAAAAAUAUGCAAGAAAGGCCUAUGACUUAGGAAUUCGUUUCAUUGGAGGCUGCUGUGGAUUUGAGCCAUAUCACAUCCGAGCAAUAGCUGAGGAGCUGGCUCCCGAAAGAGGAUUUUUGCCAGAAGCUUCUGAGAAACAUGGUAGCUGGGGCGAUAACCUGAGCAUGCAUACCAAACCCUGGGUCAGAGCAAGGGCAAGAAAAGAAUACUGGGAGAACCUGAAGCCUGCUUCAGGAAGGCCAUAUUGUCCUUCCAUGUCAAAGCCAGAUGGCUGGGGAGUGACCAAAGGAGCCAGGGAGCUGAUGCAACAGAAAGAAGCAACAACUGAACAACAGCUGAAGGAGCUCUUCCAGAAACAGAAGAUCUAAUCCACUGCAGUUGUGUAAAUGUUAGAAUGAUUAAUCUAUAGACCAUUUCAUGCUUCACAAGAAAAUCAGUGAAGACGAGUACUCUGCUGAUUUAUUACUUAAAAUGUCAUGAAAGAGACAAAAUGCAGAAAGAAUAUGAUUACAGAGUAAAUGUGGCAAACUUUGAUAAUAAAAUCUUUCUCUAGACAAAUAGUUUAGAGAAUACAUAGUCAAAAGUAAGUUUGGAUUCUCAUAAUAAUUGAGCUUCUGUUAGCUAGGUGCCAUUAAUUGAAUAGGCACAUAAAUACCUGGAAAGUAGUAAUUGGCUCAACUCACAUGUGCAAAGGGGAAAAGCCAUCUCUAAAUAAGGUAUCAACAGACUUCAACUCCCAAGUCUGUUUUCAGUUUGGGAUUAUUUAGGAGCUUCCUCAGACCUCAAGAUUUGUUGAGGACUACUGCAAGGACACACAAGCUGCCAAUACUUCAGACACACAAUUAUUUGUAACACUUCCUUGAUUUCAAAAGAAUAAAAGGAAACUGAAAAAUACAUCUUGUAAUAGCAAUCAAAACAUAAGGAGAAUGAGAUCUUGCAGAAAUUUCUUAUAUGCAAGGAGAAAGGUUAAAAGAACUUUUAGGAAAGAAAAAUGACAUGUAAAUAACUCACUGCUUUUGUCUCAAGGUACCGCAUGCACAAGAUUUCCUCUUCUGGAGACUAAAAGUCUUAAGAAAUUACUCUGCAAUUAAAAAAAAAAGUCAAAUAAAUUAAAAA